UUCUAUUAACCCGGCUUUAAAGCUCCUAACAGUUUAUAACAGGUGAUAAUAGGUUUAAUUUCGUCAACAACAUUUGAUUACUUUGUUGGUUAAAUGACUGAUUUCCAUUAAUAAUCAUAAAAUUGUAAGAUGUCAAAAGAGGUGAAAACCUCUUUGAAGGAAAUUCGGCAACUCCUUAAUCAAAAUGAUCACAAAGAGGCGAUAAAAAAAUGUAAAAAAAUUUUGAGAGAAGACAAGAACAAUUAUGUAGCUUUGGUUCUACUGGGUGUUGCGAUGCAAGAAGUAGAAGAGGUUAAAGACCAUGUACCACUACCUUUCAAAAGGGCUAUAGAAAUUCAGCCCGAUAAUCCACUGGCAUGGCAAGGGUUAACGUCAUAUUAUGAGAAAGCACCUGACAAUUUGGCAACCUGGAAUGAGCUGAUACCUGCGUACUGUAAACUUCUAUGCAUCGAUAGCACAUCUACAAAGUUUUCACAUUAUUUGACCGAAGCAACGGAGAUGGCUUUGCGAUCGAAGGAUGCCUCGAUACUUUCUAAAGUUGUUGACACUCUGGGACAACUAAGAAAUAACUCGAGCAACGCAAAGAUUAAGCUAAUUGAUGAAUCUUUGAUUUCUAUAUUAAUGAAGAUCCCAAAUGCAUUUAACGACCAGUUGGAUCUUCAAAUAAAUAUUUUAGCAUCAGCUAGCCGAGAUGCUAAUGCUAAACAUAGACAGGAAUAUUGCAAGAAGUACCUACAAUUACUUAAACAGCAGGAUAAGCUGGCAUUGCUGUUAGCAGAAGCUGCAGACCUGCAUGAACGAUUUUCUGAUGAUCCUACUCCCUUAGAAUGGAUUUGUCAAAUCUACUGUGAACAGAACGUUGCAAUUGGUGAAAUAGAUGGUCUACAGAUCGCAAGGUUUUACGAUGCACUCUUGACACUAGUGGUGGAUUCUGCUUAUGCGUUACAUGCGAAAGCUGUACACUUACUCAAAGCAGAUAGCGUUAUUGAGUCACGGAAUCUUUUGAACCGUGUGGUUAUAUCUAAACCACGGUGGAUGCAAGCUUGGAUUCUGUUGGCAGAGGUAAAUGCUAAACUCCAUUGCUGGGAUGAAGCCGGUAAUGCUGCUCAACAAGCGAUCAAAUUAUUUAAGAAUAAAACUCCUGAAGCGAUGCAAAACAAAAUUGAGGACCUCCAGAUCGAAGCCCUUGCUAGGGGCACGAGCAAAAAAAAAUGGGAACUAGCUGUGCAAAAGUGUGAGCUGGUAAUAUCCAAGCGACCCUCUCCAAAGUUAAAAUUACUUCUCGCACGAUGCUACGUAAUGCUAGAUGCCCCUACAGUGGAAGAUGUACUCCACAAUUUGGAAUCUGAUUCGGAAACAAAAUUAGAAUCUACUAUUUUGCGCGCCAUUCAUUUAGAACGGCAGAAAAAAUUUGAAGAAGCUGCUGAUGUACUGGGCUCUGCUCUGGAGACUUCGGAAGCCUGGUUAAAUCUGGGGAAAAUUCACUGGGCUAUGUCGGAUUACAGUCACAGUUUAAUGGCAUUUUUAAAAGGCAUUCACAUGGAUACGUUCAAUUGGGAAUGCCUUGUCUACCUAGGACAUUAUUAUCGCGAAAGGGGAAACGAUCUCGAGAGAUCGAGGCGAUGCUACCAGAAGGCACUGCAGAUCAAUCCAUACUCCGAAGAUGCAGGAGUUGGACUAAGCACUGCCUAUCGAUUGCUGAAGAAUGUAGAAGCCAAUAUGCGAUUAUUGCAAUGCAUGACAAGUCAAAGUGGAGGUCCAAAAUGGGCUUGGCUUCAGUUGGGCUUGCAGCACCUGGAUCAAGGAGAGUGGUCGGAAGCUAUCCAUGCCUUACGCUUUGUGAUAAGAGCUGAUCCAAAUGACAAUCACUGCUGGGAGUCACUGGCCGAUGCAUACUGGGCUCGAGGGGCUUAUACCUCUGCGUUGAAGUCAUACGAACGUGUGUUGCAAUUAAAUCCAGGGUCUCUCUAUCCCAUGAUACAGCUGGCAAAUAUAAAAUUGGUCCUGGGUCAACUCGUGGAGGCGAAGGAAGAUUUUGAGCGGAUUCUGCAGCUGGAAAGUCACAACGUGACCGCUUUGAAAGGCCUUGCGGAGACCUGCCUCGGACUCGCAAAGGAAUACGCGGGGAAGCAGCUCCUGGGACGAGUCACGGACAGCGCCCAGCAAGCGGUAGAAAAUUUGGUGGAAGCAAUUUUACAGCGCAACGACUUAUCCUGCAUAUGGAAAUUGCUCGGAGAUGCGUGCUACCGAGUGGCCGUGUUGCCCGAUAGAUAUUGCCAUCUGACCGUUCCAGAGGAAUUGAUAAAAAUCGAUGGCCAAGGGGAGCGGGUCCUGAUACAAAGGAGCAAGAUAUUCCAGCUGGCUUCCUGGUGUUAUUGUCACGCCCUGCGUAUCUCCGAAGACUCCGCGAUGUUGUGGCACGACCUAGCUUGCAGUUACUUGGCGCAGCUUCGCUACGACCCUGCGGUAGACCGAGUCCAGAUAUCGUCGAAGUGUCUGGCAGCCGUUAAGCAAGCGAUCAGACUCUGUCCCUCCUCCUGGAUGCACUGGAACCUCCUCGGGGUAGUCUGCAUGUUGGAAGAGACGAAGAACUACGCCCUGUCCCAGCACUCUUUCGUCACGGCUAUCGAUAAGGAGCCCAACAACGCGGUUGUCUGGACGAACCUGGGCUCUCUUUAUCUGAUUUUAGGAGACCUGUACAAGGCGAACCGUGCGUUCUCUCGAGCCCAGCGAUCCGACCCUGCGUACACGAAUUGCUGGGUAGGCCAGAGCUUGAUAGCGGAAACGGCUGCCAGGAAGGAAGCCAUGGACCUCUACAGACACGCCACUCAGCUGGGAUACCAGAACGAGGCUGCCAUGGGGUACACUCACUGGGUGUUGACGACGCUUCUCGAUCCAGCGGCGAAAAAGGACCCUCUCUACAAGUACGCCAUCGAGAACAUGCAUGCCGUCACCGUGGCGACCGACGCGAUCACCUGGUACAUCGAGCACGAGCCCGACAACGUCUGCGCGCUGAAUGCCCAAGGACUCCUGUUGGAGAGACAAAAAUUGUAUCGCCCAGCGAGCAAGGCGUUCUCCAGGGCUCUGGCUCUGGUAGAAGAAGGUGACAAGAAAGACGCCGUUCUGGUCAACCUGGCCAGAGUGCUGCUCCAGGUCGGCAAGUACCAGGAAGCCGUAGAACACUGUCGCGCCGUCGAGAAGGCGAGCUUCAAAUCCCACUGCCAAUUGGCCUUGUCCCUGUUUAAAGCGGAGCGCUUCGAGGAAUCCUACGCAGCUUACGAGGCCGCUCUUCACUGGCUCGCCGAUGCAAGUUCGGACAAGGGCCACGUCCUCUGUGCCAUGGCAGCCAUGGCCUACAUGUUCCAGGGGGUGGACGACGUCAAGACCCUUCUCUUCCAGUGCAUCCUGAUACAGCCGUCCGUCGUGCCAGGACUUUUGGCUGCUGCGGCUCUAGGUAUACUCCAUGGGGACGUCAAUCUGAUUACCCUGGUCCUGAAGGAGCUGCAGUCGCAUCGGGAUCAUCCUGACCAUAGGCAUCACAUCGUGAGACUGAUGGCGUACUCCAAGCUAGCGCAGAACGACGUCCAAGGAGCCGUCCGGGAUCUCUGCAGAGCAGCCUACGUGUGUCCAGACGACACGGAGUCGUGGAUAGGAUUGGUCCGAAUCCUCUGGGAGGUGGGCUCCAGCUCGCUCGGAAGCUGUGCCGAGAAGGCUCUGUUCCUGGGAAGGAACACCUCCACCCUGGGCGUUGCCCACAUCGCCUGUGUCUCGUCGCUGGAUAAAUUACCCCGUGGCUUGUCGAAAGAAGAGAUCAGAUCAGUGCAGAAGACUCUCUUCGCCUUCCCUGGCACCGUUAGCAGUUGGGCACUCUUCAUCGCUGCUCUUUUACCGAGAUGCGGUCACGCAAACUCCUGGCCCAAUGCCAAGUGGCUAGCAACCUUGAUAUCCAUCGUACGAAAAACUAUGGAAUUGACAAGACCCAUGAAUGACUGGCUGUCCAACAACGAAAGGAAGACCUGCAUAAUGGCUGAACGACUUUCUGCCGCUUAGAUAGGAAAUUAUUUUCUAUGAAAUAUGUAUGAUUUUGUAUAAUGACGCACGAUU